UGCGAGGAGCCCGAGAGCCCGCCUUCUGCACACAUUAGCCGGGAGUUCGUACGUCAAUCUGCGUCAGCCAGGAUAACAUGAUGCCUCCUGCAACGGCCCGGACCUCGGAGCCUUAAUUUCUCUUUUGUUUCGGAGGCCGGGGGUUAUCUGCCCAGCCGCCUCCGCCCCCCCUCCCCUCCCCCUCACUCUUCCCCCCCCACCCCCGCCUUCACUCGGGACUCCUGCCUGCAGCCGGCCCCGGAGGCUCUUUUUUUUUGUGUGUCUGUGCGGCGCGCUGUGUUUCCGACCCUCUUUUCUCCCAGGCGAAGCGGAAUGAAGUUGUUUCCCAGCCCGGUGUAGUUGCCUCCUUGCCCGGCCCCCAGCAUGGUCAUGGCGGAUUGCCCGGGCAAACUACACCGGGGUCCCGUCCGGGUCGGCUUCUACGACAUCGAGCUCACGCUGGGGAAGGGCAAUUUCGCCGUCGUGAAGCUGGGCAGGCAUCGCAUCACCAAGAGCGAGGUCGCAAUAAAAAUCAUCGACAAGUCUCAACUGGACGCUGUGAACUUGGAGAAGAUUUACAGAGAAGUACAAAUCAUGAAACUGCUAGACCAUCCGCAUAUCAUCAAACUGCACCAGGUCAUGGAGACCAAAAACAUGCUCUAUCUAGUAACGGAGUACGCCAAAAACGGAGAGAUCUUCGCUGCUCUCUGGCGCACCCUGGCCCUACGGUUGAUCGAAUUUGGGGUGAGAAUGCCGUUUUCUGUGGAGCCAGAAUGUCAGGUGACUUUCCCCCAGCUCCCUUUACUCCCGUCCUUCAAUUUAAUGUCGCGAUGCUCCGUAACCUGCCGACUCACUCCCAAGGUCUCCACGACUGGCUUCAGACCCGCGGCCACCCUUCCAAUCUGUCCAAGUCCUUCUGCAGGUUGCUGUUCUUGUGUUUCCGUAGAAGUAUCAAAGUAAUGGAAAGGAAACGCGGACCUGAGUUCAGUUUUGCGUUAAAGCGGGGUGCGCGCGUGACGCAUGACAUUCACGUACUUCUGCAUAUAACCCACAGAGAAUUAUUUUAGUGAACACUAAUGCUUAAUCAAACAAUAUGUUUAUAAACAACACACACACAGAUGCACGUAAACACACACAGACACACAGACACUCACACACACAGACACACACACAGACACUCUCACACACAUAGACACACACACAGACACACACACAGAAACACAGACACUCUCACACACAGACACACACACUCACACAAAUGCACAUAAACACACACAGACACACACACAGAAACACACACACACUCACACACUCACACACACACACUCACACACAGAAACACACACAGACACACACACACACACACUCACACACUCACACACAGACACACACACAGACACACACACACACACUCACACACUCACACACAGAAACACACACACACACUCACACACUCACACACACACACACACUCACACACACUCUCACACAGACACAGACACAUACACACACACACACACACACACACACACACACAGACACACACACACACUCUCACACAGACACACACACACAGACACAGACACACACUCUCACACACACACGCACACACAGACACACAAAAUGCUGGAGGAACUCAGCAGGCCAGGCACAGCCUCUAUGGAGAAAGAACCCUUCGGCAGACCCGAAAAGUCGACUGUGCCUUUUUUCCACAGGUUCUGCCUGGCCUGCUGAGUUCCUCUAGCAUUCUGUGUGUGUUGCUCCGGAUUUCUAGCAUCUGAAGAUUUUCUCCUGUUUCUGAUAUGUUUAUAAUAUUACUCAGCUAUUGCUGAAGUAUUAAAUACUCCUCCCUGCCUAGCUUAUAAACUCCAACUCAAUAAGGAAUGCAUCUCAACCAUAUGCACAGCCUACCAAAUAGUACAGCUGUUACACAGGCAGCCACAGGGUAGUAAGUUUUAAAUUGUUCCACUCGGGCCUAAAGAUUUAAUUGGUGUGGAGGAUUUCUCAUUCUAGUGGGGCAAUAUCUUUCCUGACGGUGGUUGGCGGGGCAUGCGGUGGUGUGACUCUGCUGGGCAGGAGGAGUUUUGUCAAGGAACAACUCCUCAUAUUCUGGGGCCUGUUGAUGAGGAGUUACCAAAAGACCAUAUGACAGUAAGAUAUAGGAGCAGAAUCAGGCCCAUCGGGCCUUCCAGCCCUCACAAAUCAAGGAUCUAUCAACUGCUCAGUGGUAUUAGGAGUAAUAGGCAACUGUCGAUCACAGGGGGGUCGUGGGUUUGCGCCUCUGGUGGACGGGAAGAUUUGGAGGACUGGCUAUUGCCCACGCUGCGGGCUCCCCCUCCCCACGUCGCUGAUGUGGUCCGAGGGAAGGGCAGGCGCCCGAUACGGCUCGGCGCCGGUGUCGUCGCAGAGGCUGCCAGAGCGAAGUUUGUAAACAACGUCAAACCGCAUUAGGGACCCCGACUCCGGGCUUAUUCCCGAAGCCUUUCCCGUGGUUUGAAAGCAGAGAUUUCCCUCUCCUUUCCUUGUCAAGCAGUCUCAUGUGUGGCCCCUUGUCAAAGGCCUUCUGAAAAUCCAGCUGCACGACCUCCACUGAUCCUCCCCUGUCUACCCCGCUUGUUAUUUCCUCAAAGGAUGCCAACAGGUUUGUCAGGCCUGGCUUUCCUCUGAGGAAGCCAUUUUGACUACGGUCUACUUCAUCAGGUGCCUCCUGAAACCACAUCCUCAACAACAUCUUCCCAACCACUGAGAUCAGGCUAACCGGCCUGUAAUUUCCUUUGUUCUGCCUCUCUCUCCCUUCCUGAAGAGUGGAGCGACGUUUGCAAUUUUCAAUUCCCCUGGAAACUGAUUAUCAAAAGACCACCCUGUGAAUGCCUCCACAAUCUGUUCAGCCUCCUCCGCCGGAACCCUCGGGCCUAGGCCGUCUGGCCCAGGUGGCCCAGUUACCUUCAGGCCUUGAUUUGUACUGGGACAACAUGUCAAGGGGAGUUGUCCUCAUCUGUAAAAAUUUCCCGGUACUUCCUUUUCCAAGUAUGAACAGGACAAUCCGUCGGCUUCUCCGUGGUUGGUUAGUUGGCCUCCCGAAUUCCAUCCCGCAAAGAAACGGGGACCACCCCCGCAUUGCUGUUAGUGGGGCGCCCUUCUGCGGAUCGGAAAUGGAUGCCGGAGGUUGGUGAUCAGUAACGGGGGCGACCCACG